GUGUUUCUUCAUCUAUAAAUACAUUUGGCUUGCACUGUUUUUUGGCGGGGAUUAAAGAGGGCAAAUGAAAGCGCGGGAAAAUGCUCGUCGUCUCCCUCCACGGAGGCGGACCCGGAAAGCCGAAAUCGUCGACCCGGGAUCGGAACCCGAACCGGAAGAGGGCAAGGAUUUGGAUCUGGAGAAAGCAAGGUUGAUCAGCUUAGCUCUCGAUUUUGGAUUCGACGAAAACUUAGCCAAAAAGUGUUUGAAUCGAUUCAUUGAACUCUACGGUGAGGAUGGGAAGGAUUUCAUCACAGUUGAACGCUCCGGAGAUGAUUUUCUUGCGGCUUUGGCCGAUUCGGUGGAAGACACGGAGGUCUGGGAUGACUUGCAAGCCUUUGAAUCAGAGGUUUGCGGGACUUUGGCUGAUAUUUUGCACAAGGAUGUUCCAGGUGACACUGCAGCUGAAAAUGAUGGAAAUGUAUCAACAUAUACUAUAGAUGAUUCCCCAGAGAGUGCAGGGAUAAUGAAUCCAGUAGUGUUGGUUUCUUCAAGUGACAGUGAAGAUGUGGAUUAUGGAAAACCAAGCAAAACAAAUACUCUGUACACCCCCUCUGCAUCUGGUCAUGAUUGCGAAAGCACUGUGACUCGAGGGUCAGUUUCAUCUCUAUCAAGUAAACUGACAUCUUGUACAUCGAUUAAUGAAGACAAAACUCUUACUUAUGAAGAGCUGCAGCAGUUGGAUGACAUCGAGUUGGCUAAUGUGGUAGUAUUUGGAAACAGAAGUUUCAGGCCUUUGCAACAUAAAGCUUGCCAAGCUAUUCUGCAAAAGCGUGAUUGCUUUAUUCUUAUGCCAACCGGAGGCGGAAAAAGUCUGUGCUACCAGCUUCCUGCAAUCCUGCAACCUGGUGUUACUGUUGUAGUUUCACCUCUACUAUCUCUCAUUCAAGACCAGAUAGUCACUUUAAAUCUAAAGAAAGAUAAACCUUCAUGUAAGCUCCUGUAUGUAACUCCUGAGAGGAUAGCAGGAAACCUACCUUUUCAAGAGGUUCUAAAUUCUCUCCACAGAAAGGGAAACUUAGCUGGGUUUGUUGUUGAUGAAGCCCAUUGUGUAAGCCAAUGGGGACACGAUUUCAGACCAGAUUAUAGACUCUUAGGUUGUCUCAAGCGAAACUUCCCAAGUGUUCCACUGAUGGCAUUAACCGCUACAGCAACCCAUCCAGUGCGUGAAGAUGUUUUGAAGGCCUUAAACAUCCCUCGUGCUCUUGUACUUGAAACAAGUUUUGAUAGAUCAAACUUAAAAUAUGAGGUGAUUGGAAAGAGCAAAGAGCCACUCAAGCAGCUUGGAGAACUACUAGUCAACCGGUUCAAGAAUCUUUCUGGGAUUGUUUACUGCCUUUCCAAAAGCGAGUGUGUGGAGGUUUCAAAUUUUUUGAAUGAAAAAUGUAAGAUUAGAUCUGCAUAUUAUCAUGCCGGGUUGUCACCACGGCAGAGGGCUACGGCUCAAAGGAAUUGGCAUGCUGGAGAAAUUGAUGUUGUCUGUGCUACUAUCGCUUUUGGGAUGGGAAUCGAUAAACCCGAUGUUCGGUUCGUUGUUCACAAUACAAUGUCCAAAUCAAUAGAAAGUUAUUAUCAGGAAGCGGGUAGGGCAGGGAGGGACAACCUCCCUGCAACAUGUGUUGUUUUGUAUCAGAAGAAGGAUUUCAGCCGCUUGGUAUGCAUGUUAAGAAGUGGUCAAGGAUACAAAAAGGAAAGCUUGAAGCUGGCCAUGGAUCAAGCUCGGAAAAUGCAGAACUACUGUGAACUAAAGGAUCGUUCUGCAAUUGUCUGUUACCGGAAAAUAUUCAGGCUGCGACAGUCAAGCAUGUCCCUGAUCAUCAAACGUCUUCGGAAAUGUGUUGUAAUUGCAGAAGAUGGUUCAGAUUCUGGUGCAUCAUGUUUGACAGAGGACAGUGAUGACGACGACAUUAGUCAACAGUUGUUGACUGCCCGGAAUAGCGAUGUGGUGUUUUUGAAUGAAAUGCCGGUAAGACUAGCAAAGGAUCUUCUUUGAUACUCUCCCACUUUUGACCCCUCUUUCAUUUUCUUCCACUCCAUUAAAAAGAUCUGGUCCCAUUCCUAUUGUCUGUGAAUUGUUUGUUAUACUUGUGCAUCAUCAAACUGUAAUUACUUAGCUCUCAACCCAACUGUGUUGACUAAGAGCUUAGCAAUUUAGCAUAUGUUUUGUAACUUUCGUUCUUUUUCCAAACAGUGUUCAUACAAGAUGUAAAUUGUAAAAUCUCUCCAAAAUUCUAUUGAACAACAAGAAAUAUUUGGUUGCUUG